AUGCUUUCAAAAAGCCUAUCUCUUGCCACUUUUGUCCUUGCCAUUGGAUUAAGCUUUCAACAAGAGGAAUGUUUGCUGCGUAAGUUUUGAAAUGUCAUUAAAACAAAAUGAAAAAAAUAAAACAAGAACGGCAAAAACUUUCUUAUUCUACCCAGUUGAACUUAAAAAUAUCAAAGAAACAAAAAAAGCCUUUCUUUACCUACAAGUUUUAGCUCGAGAAAAAGGUGAUGCUUUUUGUGGUGAGCCCGGUGGUCUACGUUUCUACUUUGACUUAAGAACAAAACAUUGUCAGCCUUUCCAAUACGCGGGUUGUAAUGGCAAUGACAAUCAGUUCAAGACUUCAGCGGAAUGUAAAGCCAAAUGUAGCGGAGUCAGCGCUGACGUUGCCGACGCUGCUAACAUCCGCAAAAUGGUGGUUGAUGUUGGUGAGUUUAUUAUUGAUUUUUGUAAAAUACGGUCAAGUCUUAAAAUGACGUUUAGAAAUAGUAUAUAAAAACUAUGGCUAGUGUAAAAGCUCUUUUUGAAAUUAAAAAACAAUUUUUAGAGAAAUGCGAAGGAGGAGUACGUGCCGCUUUUGACAACUCAAGCAAGCCAGUAAGCUGCGACAAAUGCCCAGAAGGCUACAAGUGUGUAGACAAGUUGUGUUGUCCUAGCAGAGGUCAGUUUAAUACUUUUUUUAAAUUUUAUUGUGUUUUACUUUACCCUAACCUACUCUACCCUUCCAUACCCUACUCCACUUUAUCUCACCUUACCCUUCCUUAUUUAGCUUAUAUAUUAAACCCCUUCAACACCUGCUGCAACCUCCAAAAUCUUUAUUUCCAGAUGCGGUGUGCGAAAUUAACUAUGAUACAGGAAAGUACGCUUUCGCCGGCUCCCACACUCCAAGGUAUUUUUAUGACAAAGAGGUAAACAACUGUUUAUUGUUUACUUACUACGGUGUUCUUGGAAACGGCAACAACUUUGAGACCUACAACGAAUGUAUGAAGUUUUGCAAAAAAGACUAG